AUGCCUGAUCCUAUACAGGAACCUAUAUUGCAGCUGUGGAUGGGAAGCCUAGACGCCGUUCUAGACCAGGCGCUCCAGUCAAUAGCCGACCACCGGAUUAAUAUGUUUGACCAAGCCCGGAUAAAUAGCUUCGUGGAUGAUGCCUACCGCCGACCCAGCUAUCGGCCCCGGCUUCUCUGCUUUGUGCAUCGCACCGCCCAACCGAGUCAGUCAAUCCGACUAGCCCACAUCUUGACUAAGGAUCAGGUGGACCUUUUGCAGCAAAUAGAAGAAGUGAGUCAACAGUUGUAUAGACUUACAACUUCCGCCGCCGCCGCCACUCGGAUCACCCACAUUCCUAGGCCACUACUAGAAGAUGCUAUCCGAGACGCUUCACUGCUCGUGAUCCAGAGAGCCGUUCUAGCCGUAGACGAUGGGACAGUUGAUGAACCGUCGAGUAUCUUAGAUGAGAUGCGGCAGCGAUUCCUGAUCCAUGGAUGCGCUACCCCAGUAGGUUGGGCGCUCCGGCUACGGACCUAUGGUAAGAAGAUCAAAGUCCGUCAGACCCCGACCCUUCCGGGGCAUGUAGACUGGUCCGAUGAUAAUAGCACCCUACGUGGUAAGGGGUGUCGCGGAAUCCAUUGGAUUCCGCCUAGCCCCCGUUAUGCGCGUCGCGGAAUCCAUUAG